AUGAUGUUCAAGUUCUUGGACACGAGUUUCUUAAGCUUGAUGGUAACUAUCGUUACUCUUCAUGUUGAAAUGAAAAAAUAACUCUUUUUUUUGUUGAAGUGCUUGAAGAAUUGUUCAUCUUUUAAUUUUAAAUUUGUCUGCUAACUUUUGCUUUUCUAUUUGAACAUAAUUGACCUGGGGAAGCUCGUGCGAGAGAAGACACAGGAAAAAUUGACACCAAUGUGAAGAAGAAAGCUGCCCAUUUAAACCAUAUAGCUGCAGUAACUUAUUCUAGCUAUACUCUGUUUCUUCAAGACGUGGCCAGAUUCACAAUAUCUUUUACAGAUUUUCUAGAAAUGUAGAAAAGUUAUUGUGUAUGAGUCAGGACAAUGCUAGAAAUUUAUGUUAUUGUGAUGCCUUCAUAUGAAUAAUUUAGGAAGGUUUCUAAAUGCUAACAGAUUCUUAAAGACAAAGCCCAAUCUGACUUGAAAAGAGUAGCAGAUCAGCAUUGGAGUGAUGGAGCUUUGGAGGUACCUAUAUUUUCCUUUCGAUUUCUUCUUAUACUAUUCUUUCAAUAAUACUUGGGAUGGACUUAUGAUUUCAUGUAUUAUUCAUAUUUAAUGUGAUUUAUAUGCUUAACCUUGUAAGUUAUCUAAAAGCUUGUCUGUUUGUUAUUUUGAUGGCGUGGAUGAAAUGAACUGUUCCUUCAUCUGCAUAUUGCUUAGAGUGUUUAUUGAUAAGAGUCUGCUCUUUGAUUCUCUCCGAUCAUGUAAAAUGUUAGCGCUUGGAUAAUCGUACCUUUUAUUUUUACAUGGUUGAUGUCGAUUUUGCCUUGCAUAAACUAAAGUGUUGCUUAACAUGGCCAUUUACUCUUCUUUUCCCUCAAACAAAAUUUUUGUGCAACUUUUACAGAAUGUAAUUGUUGUUGAUAACUUUAAAUAAGAUAUUUCUGCUCUUUGUGACAAUAAUAUGCAUUCACACAAUUUUCAGGCUGUAAUUUAUGAAGUAAAAUAUAAGUUUUUUCAGUUUUAGUUCCCCUUAAAGCCUAAGUUAGGUAUGGACCCCAGAUUCCAAUAAUUAUCAAAAUUUAUCCGAAGUACUCUAACCUUGCCCAUUAAGUUUUAGGAUCCAGUAGGUUGAAUAGGAAGACCGGUGGUUAAACUCGUUUCAAGUAACCCAAUGCCAAAAUUUCCUGAAAAUGUUCAUCAGAAGAUCUGGUGGUCAUGUAACCUCUUCUCUGCACAUUAAAUACUCCCCAAUAUCCACAUAGCAUGGAUCCCAAUCCACGUGCCAACUGGUCUCCUCCCUAGGUGCAACCCACCCUUGCUGCAUUAGCUCUCGUUUCGUUACUAAUCUCUCCACUUUUCACUUUUUUAUGAUAGUAGUUGAAUCAGAUUUUGGGGGCAUACUGCCAUUUAAAUUUAUUGAUUUUCAUACGUGAAAUAUGAAAAUACUCUACGUUCCCCUAGCCAUGAGUUGGAGAAAAGUACCUAGUUUCCAUUUUCAUUAUGCAAAUAGAGUGAUUUUUUUCCAUGUUAUUUUGUUCAUUUUUCUUUGAUAUUUGGUUAUCAGGAUAUUAUUUUAGUCCUAGGACACAUGAUAAAAAUAACUUUAACUUAGUUUCGAAUUUAUUCCAAACAGAGUCUUCUAAAUGAGCUAUGUAGUGUACAGGUGUGGUUGCUAGAGACUGGUUGAUUUGUCAUUUCAAUGUGAUUUUCUUUACCUUGCCUUAUCCAUACAUAACAAGUAACGUAAUUAUUUUAGAGUAUGAGUUGAGUUAUAGAUUUCUCACACGAAUUAUCUGCUUUGUCGAACUCCAUAGUUACAUGAUAAUUGUAAUUGUGCCUCUGACAAACUAAGAGAUGAUUUUAUACCUCAUUUUAUUUCGUUUUUUUUGUUGCUGCUACUAUGUUUGGUACCUCUUAUAACUAGCUGGAAAUUUGAAGGGAUCAGUUAUAAUUUUCAAUUGCCUGAGUUUUAUACUGUUAGCUUAUUUUUCCAUCAGCGCUUAUGUUUGUAGAUAUUAUUUGUCCACAACAAUUUGAAUGUCCUCUCUUUCUCUCUCUAUCUUCCCCCUACUUCUCUGUAUUCACAGUCGCUAUAGAAUUAUGACAAUCAUAUCAGGGAUAUCCCAUUUAGUUGAUGAACCAACUAUCAUAUUCAUUAUUAUAGUCUCACAGAUGAAAGUAAUGCACUGCAAAGGAUUAAUUUUUUUGUGAGAGUAGUAAAUUUUAAAACUUCAUUGACGUUUCUACAGUUAGAUUUCCCCUUUUAGUUCGUUAUGGAUUUUAUCAGUGUUGGUUUAUUCCAGGCAGAUUUGCGACGUGUAGACUUCCUUGUUAAACGGCGUGCCAUGGAAGAUGCUUUUAUGGCAUUGAAGGUAGACUUGUGAACCUAGUUUGUUUCUAUAAUAUGCCAAGUUACUGCGAGGGACAAAUUCUGUGAGUUGCCUCAUAUAUGGGAGUCAUAUGAAAUUGAGGGAUCAUCUCUUUUUCUCUUUGAUAAAUUGAUAAACUUACUGCGCUGGGACAUGCACUUUUCGUUUUUUUAUCGUCAAUAAUUUUAAUUUCCCAGCUUGGAUAUCCUCAUUUUUUCAUGCAUUUCAUAAUGUGAUAGGAGGAAUGAAAUAGGGUUGUUUAUCUUGAAUACCGGUUGAAAUGAUCAUGAUUUUAUUUUUGGUAUACGUCUAUCAUUUGUUGAAGUAGCUCUCCUCUUCUUUCCAAAUUGAAUUAGCCAGUGAGUCAUAGGCCAGAUGUGCGCAUAUUAUUGCUCAUGUUACAUGAUUUUCUCAGCAAGAACAAUCAGCUUUAUUCCUAACAAACAGCUUUUUGUUGGAGUCAUCACUUUUAUGACUUGUGAUAAUAGAAUAUUGAUUUUUGAAUCUGUAGUUUUGCAUGUCCUUGAGUGCAGAUGAGCGAGCUUGUUCACUUUCAGUUUCUGCAUGCUCUUCUUACUCAUUUAAUAAACUAUUGUUCUUUGUUGGAGUUUUGCAGUUUGUCAGUGACAUUCAUGACAUGAUGGUGAACAAGAUGGAUCAGCAGUAUGUUUAUAUAUUUUUUAUUGUUUUAGUUAGACGACUAUUUUCUUCAAAUAAAAUAAAUUGUUUUGAUUCUUUAAUAUGAGAAUUGCUGGAAUGAUUCUGAUUUACUUAUCAAUUUUUAGGCAGAGGAAAGAGGAUACAUUAUCUGUUAAUGAAGUGACUGGGUUUAUAACCCUUGAAAGAAAUGGAAAAGCUACUGAUCUGUUUCCUGGAGAAGUUUCUACUAACCGCAUUACUGCUAUUCAGGUCAUUCUAUUAUUAAUGAUCCUAAACUUCAGAAGCUUAUCAUCUAUUCAUAAAACACUGAGAAUGAAUAUUAAAUAAAAAACAUUCAGGAUGUGUACUGGAGUAUGGCAUCUGCCUUGUCUGAAGCUGAUGGAAUUGACUACACAGAUCCUGAUGAGGUGUUGUUUCCGAACAUUAAAUUGGAAUUCUAAUGAUUUUGACAUUUUGUUCCUAAUCUCUAUACUGAUCAUAUUUUCUCUACUUUGCAAUCUCCACUUUUAGCUUGAAUUGCUAGUAGCAACGCUCAUAGACCUUGAUGCGAUGGAUGGUAAAAGUACUGUAUCACUGCUAGCUGAGUGUUCUAGCUCUCCUGAUGUUAAUACAAGGUAUCGCUUGUCAACUUGGACACGAUUUUUUUUGUUUGUUGGACAUAUAAAAAAUGUCUGUUUUCCUGUAGUUUUAUCAUGACAUCACGUAUUACUUAGAUUAUUAUAUAAUCAUAUGAUGUUAAAAUGGUGCCAUAGGGUGGGCCACUUAUGCACAUGGUGUGGAACAAGACAUUUGUAGACGUCAAUAUUUACUGUUUAUUCCUAAUUAUGAAUCUUCAUACUCUUUAAAUUAUUCUUGAGUGUCACAUUUUUUUCGCGCAGAAACUGUUUGCAGUGGUAUUGGUUUGUACAGUGCGGGUUUAAGGAUGGGAAGAAUAAAAUGAUUUUUAACCUGUGUCAUUUUAAUGACACCAAUGAAAUAUUCUGUCAACUCAAUUCAUUUGAUUUUAUUUUUUCUCUCACUUUGUUGCCUCCAAUUCAUUCAAAACGAAUGCAAUUACACAGUGAUGAUCACAAGCUCAAUUCACACAAUGGAAAUGUGAUGGAGCAGGAUGGUAUACUACUAUAUGAGACAGUGUCGUCACUGAAUGCUGUUAAUAAGCAUAGUUCCAUUAAAAAACCUUGAUUCAGAAAAAGACUUGAAUUUCUUUCGAGAAGAACGGGAAACAGAGAUUAGGGAAAAGGUUUUUGAGUUGUGGAGACCAAAUUAGUUCUACCACGAUAGGCAGAGGAUCUCUGGAAACUUCUAGGACCGAGUGUUUCUUCCUGACCCCCUAUACAACUGAGUUCCCUUAUUUUUAGCCCUCAGCCCUCCCCUUCACAUGUGGAUGCUUCCUUGAGUAUGUCUUGAUGGGAGGCUUAUCACAUGCAUCAUAUAUGGUAAUAUAUUUGAUAAUUAAUUUCAUAUUUUUGGGAAACUGAGGUCCUGCAUGCGGCUUCCUUACAUUCUGAAUGUCUUCUCCUUUUGAAAUUGAGCUUCAUUCACUAGCAUCUUAUUGGGAACGUAAAGGAUCACAUAUCUAAUGAAAGUGGUCUCAUCUUGUUGAGCAUAAUACAGAUUCAAUAUCAGGUACUUUAUUUAGUUUGAUUGACUUGGACAUCAAUGGGUAUUCUUUUUUCUCUCUUUCUAGAGUAGUCCGUUGAUUUUUCUUUCUAGCAAUACUUACCUAAUUACUCAUUUUCUCUAUACCCCGCAUCCUCAACUUUUAUUUCAUUAAUGAAAGACUUUAUGUAAAGCUCUUUACCCUCCAUUUUAAUCUUCUUUCACAUUCCUUCAGUUCUAAAACACCCAGAAUGUUCUCCAAGAAUCUGUCUAUUCCUGACUAUGCAACAGAAGACAUGUUGACUUCACUUCUUAAACCCAACCAAUUAGGAAGAUAGGGGAGCGGUCUGAACCAGGUCUUAGUGGUACCUAGGCAUAUGCUGUUUGAUAUUUCCCAGGAACCUAUCUAUUUUAUUUCUUGUGUUAAUAUGUUCCGAACUUUGUUUCGCUGAGUAUUUUACUUUCCAUCAUAACUCAUACCUUCCUCCACUGCCUGUGAGAUCUCCUUUUUCAACUUCCUACUUGUGAGGCCUUUAUUCCUCCCUUAGAGAUCUUACUCUAUAGCUCCUACAGUCCAUUCUAUUGUAUCCUUCUUGACUUUAGAAGCAGACGGAUCCUCUAUACUGAUCUCCUUGGACAUGAAACAAAGAGCUUAGAACCCUGAUUUUCGUUUUAUCAGAGGCAAACGAUAUCUAGGAGAUGACUGUGCAUAUUAGUUUUAUUUGGCUGCUCAAAUCUCUAAAAUGUGGGCUUUUCCUAGAGUUUUACUGCAAAGAGGGGCUAUGAACGUUUCAAAAAAUAUGAGGUUUUAGUUAUCAAUAAACAUUUGAUAUUUGUAGACAGUAAGUCAUGGACCUUUAGUUGUCAUACCAUUCUAUCCAGUAAUAGAACAAACAAUAAUGACUUGAUUGUUGAUUGUACGAGAAUUUAUAUGAAAGCAUUUUACUUUCUUCUCUUCAAUGGAAGUUUCUUUUUCCUAGAAUGCCUUCUCAUUUUCGGUCUAAUCUUCGUCUGAUAAUUGGAUGUUUUGGAAAUGAUACCCUGGGAUGGAUGGAAAACUAAAAAAAUUCCAUAUGCUCUGAGGACCAAAGGACUGUGUAGAUCACAAGAGAUGUGAAUCCGCUUCUCCAACACAUUGGUUGAGUGUCUGUUUAUUUUUGAGAGUCUACAACACAACACUGGAUAGUGUGUAGAAAUAUUUAUGUUACAUGUUUUAGUUAUUUCUACCUAACUAUCUCAAGUAGUGUUGACUCCAGCCCAAUCAUUUCUCUUAAGACUUAGAGUUUAAAUCCCUUUUAAACAAGAAAAUAAAAAAUAAAAUCUCUUUUUCCUUACCACCCUAUUUUUUGACUGGUCCAGAAAAAAAUGGAUUGCUAAAUUAAAGAUGAGAUAAAUAAGCAAUUAUAUGCAACAGAACCAUCAUUGUAUUUUUUUACAAUGUUGGAUACAAGAUGUUCCCUCUUUCCAUUUAUUACGAAUCCUUUUUCAGGAAUAUCACAAAUGGGAAUAAGCAUUUUUAUUUUCCCAUUUUCAUACUUCAUUUUAAAAUUUUCCUGGAAACUUGUCGAUUCUAUAUGGCUGUAGUGAAUAGUGGUGCGAAUCCUUGGAGGAUAUGCAAAGGAAAAACUCAACUUGGCAAAGGCCACAAAAUGAGGAAACUAUCUGACAACUAGGAAACCAACGAACUCAGAAACAAGCCGACAAACUAGGAAACGGUUCAACUAAGAACCAAACUUCUAAUUAUAUGUUCUUUCCCUCACCUCCCUUCAACUAUGAACAGCUAGGCAUUCUUCAUUCCCAGCUUGGAUACAAUAAUUUGAGUAGAUGCAUUAGGUGUACAAAUCAGUUGGCCAUGUGUAGAUGCAUUGGGCGUGCAGAUAAGUCCAUUCUUUAGCUUCUCCUUGAUGAAGUGUCUAUCAAUCUUGAUGUCAUUUGUUUGAUUUUGUUGUAUUGGGUUGUGAACUGUGCUAAUUCUAGACUUACUGCCAUCUCUCUUAAUCUUCAUGCCUUCUAAGAUCAUCUUCAACCAAAGUAGUUCAUGCAGUUUACCAUGCUACCACAUUCUAUUUUUUCUCCACAUCAUGAGAUUGCUACCAAUAAGGGUUUAAUAUCCAGAGGUUCAGCAUGUGUAUGCAUCAAGGAUUGGUCUAUUUUUCCUAAACAUGAUAUCUUGUAGCACUUGCUAAGUUGCUUGAAGAUGACCUUGUUUGGGCUGUCCAUGAAUUAGCUAAUCACACUGAAUGUAUAUACUAUUUUUGGUCACGAAUGAAACAGAUAAAGAAUCUUCCUACCAAGCGUUGAUACAUCUUCCCAUCUUCUGCAACAUCUUACUCUGCCUUUCCAAGUUUUAGUUUCGGAUCUAUUGGAGUACUUGCUAGUUUGGAUGCAGUUUUGUCUGUUUCUCUAAGAAGAUCAAUCAUAAACAUGCUUCUGUUGUGAGAUGAAGAUGCUUUGUCUUGAGUGAGUUCUUUUAAUCCCAAGAAAAUAUUUCAACCUUCUUAAUGCUUUGAUUUCAAACUCAGUCAAACACUGGCUCAGAUAUUUUGUCUUUAUCCUCAUUCUGAAUCAAUACUUCAUCAACAUAUACGAAGAGUCUGAAACUCUCCCUUAGGAUGUGUUUACUGAACAGUGUGUGAUCUCUUUAGCUUUGUUUGUACCCCAUGGGCAUUAACUCUUACAAAUCUACCAAACCAUACUUUGGGUGAUUUAUUAAGUCUAUAUAAGGCUUUGUUCAAUUGCACACUGUAUGAGCAGUUAAAUUAUUCUAUGACCUAACAGGACCUCUGUAUAAUGUUCUUCCUGGAAUUCAUUAUACGAGAAGUUUAGAAAUACUAGGGUUUACUGUGCAAAAAGGUAAUUUUAAUAUCAAACUACUACGACUCCCAAUCAUAGCUGCUAAUCACAACAAAAUCCUGCUAGCAUAUUAGCAGGCUUACCAAUUCCCAAGUUUUGUUCUUCUCUACCACCACCAUCUUCUCAUUCAUAGCUUAUUUCCAUUUCUUAUUAGAUAAAGCAUCAGAUAAGGUGGUACGUAUCGGAAUGAUGUUUAAAUUGACAAGGAAUGCACUAUGAGAUGAUGGAAAAUAUGUAAAAGAUGAGGUUUGCAAGGGGAUAUAAAGGUUGUUUUGUCCAUCCUCUAGUCCCUUUCCUAAUGUCUUUGGGAAAGUCCUAGUUAUUAUUACUCAUAUGUGAUUCAAUUACAGCUUGCAAUGGACUAGAAAUUGGUACCUUAUUCUUUGUAUAGGUUGGAUUCGCGGACUUGUGCAAAUUCAAGAACAAAUGUCUUCUUUCGUGAAAACACCUCUCCUUUGCCAAAUCCCACAAUUUCAAGGGCGGAGUUGGAAUUUUCUUUGGGAUUUUCUAGAGUGUCAAAUUUAGGAUUUGGCAUGGAGUCAAAUAUAGAUUUGGGAUCUGAUAUGGACUCUGAUAUAGGCUUAGACAGAGAAUGGUGGGAGACAUACGAAGUGACAACAGAUAAAGAACUUCUCCCGCUGAAGACAAGGUGGGGUAAAUUUAGACUAUUGUUCAUUGAAAUCUAUUGAAAUAUAUAAUUUCUUUAAUGGAGGGUGGUGGAACUUUUACGGUUUCUGAGUUGGAGAAUAGCCCACAAAGAUACAUUUAAUCCCCUGUGAUCUAAUUUCCCUAUAUGUUGAUCAUAAAUAAGAACAAAUGAUACACACCAAAAUCUCCUGGGGAUAAGAUUAUUUGUAAUUUCUAAGAUUCGAUAACAUAAUGACAAUGUUUUCAUCAGAUUGUUGAAUUGUCGGACUAGAAAGCAAACGCUUUAUGAGAUGAGUGACAGUCAGAACUGUUUCUCCCUAAAAAUAUUUAGGCACAUUAUUUGGAACAGAGAAGCUUGGGGGUUACCUCAAGAAGAUGACCAUCCCAUUCUCUAGCAUGUCCAAUAAUCCUCAUUAAGUUCACGUGAUUAAAUACUUAACGAUUAUGUUAAAGAACCACUAUUUCAUGUAAAUAUUGACCAAGCUUUUAGAUAGACACAAUGUUUGUGGACAAUAUAAGGAUAUGAAGAACAAUUUUUAAGAUAAUUAAAGAGUUGAGUUAAACAUUUUCUGCACCUAGAAGCCUCAGCUGCGGAUAUUUUUUCACUGCUCAGACAGGGAGAGUACGUGGAAAAGGGAUUUGAUGACUGGCCCAUAUGGUCGGUAGACACGUUUUGUGGAAAAUACUUGACCGCUAUUCCUUGGCUGCUCUCUUUUCUGUCUCCCCAUUAUUGACUCAGAGGUGUUCCAUGGAGCUUCCGACACCAUCCACAACUAUGAUGUGCCUUCUUACAAUCAGUGUGGCACAUGAUAACCUUAUGGUCACUACUCUGGGCCUUCAGUUAUCCAUAUUUUCGACUCCCAUUAACUUGUGCUCUCCCUACUUUUAUGGCUGAAUAACUGCUACCACUAGUCAACAUUGCUGAACUGUCCAUAUGUUACGACCCCACUGAUAGCAUACGUGUGAUGGAAAAAGAGGUCACAUGCGAAGCACUGAGGAGAAACUUCUGGAGACUUCCACAUAUCAGAAAGUUCAGAUGAGAAUGACAGAGGAAUAUAAACAGUGUUUUGAGGAAAAGAAUAAGGGACGGAAAGUUCCUUAUUCUUGUAGGGGAUCCUCUCAAAUCCCGUUCCUACCUUCUCUUUUCUGUUUUCCCUCUUUGGUAUUCCUGUAGGAACCGUCUCUUUGAUGUCCUAUCCAUACUACUCUGUUACGAGUUUGCUUGAUCAAUACAACCGGAUUUCUCACCUAAUUUGCCCCGAUCCGAUCCUUCUAAAGAGGAUUGUAUCACCAUACCACAAUUGUUCGAGCAUCAGGUUUCUUCUGCCUCACUCUCCUCAAAUCAGUGCUACCAUCUUAUUAAAGCAUGGAACCUCCUCUUUGCUGAGAAUCUGAGUUCUUGAUCAAAUUCUUUAUUAAUCCCAACAAUAAAAUCAUUGACUCUGUCUUGCUCAAUGAAAUCCUUAGGACAUUUGGUUUUAAUUACCCUAUAAUGGAAAGCUUUCAGCUGAUUUGCGAAUUCCGUAGUUGUUUUGCGUCCCUAUUUUGCAGCAAUUGUCUCUAUCUUUUCUUCAUAGAUUUGUGCUGCAUCUCUUGCUUUCGAAUAUUUAUGUUUGAUUGCAUCCCAUAUCCUAUGCAGUAGUCAAGAACAUGCAUGUGUCACUGAUCUCAGAGGUCAUAGGAAUCCCAUAACAUGUCAUAAUCAUGGAGUCUUCUUCAUCCCAUGCCUCAAACUGUGGAUUCCCUGAUUUUGGCCGUGCACCUAUGAAGAUGUCUGAUCAUCCCUGUCCCUUUUAGCACAGUGCGAACAAAUUGUGACCAUUUAAGGAAUUAUUUUGCCUUCCAAUCUCCAGAUUUCAGCAAAGCAUAGUAGCUUGAAUUCUUAGCAAGUCUCCAGAUUGUUGAAACUAUAGAACCCCUCAGACUGUUGUAGCAAUGGUCUCUACAGUUUCUGGCAUCUGUAGAAAAACUGACAGCUACCUUCAGUGACAGGAUUAAUGGUGUUGUUAAAGAAACAGACAAGGCUGAAAGCAUUGACGAUGAAAGCUGAUGAUAAAGAAAGGGGUUAUCAGCAAUCAAGGCUGAAAGGAUUCACAAUGUAGAUCGAUGAUCAAAAAAGGGUUUUUCAAGCAAGAGUAGGGAAUAUGAAGCUAUUGUGAGUGCGAGGAACACAAUUAAUGACAACGCUAGGCUGCUCUCUUACAUCCAACACAAAAGAGCAGAAGAAAAAAGGCAAUUAAUUCUGUCGUCGAGUAUCCCCCUCUGUAGUUGAGCACCCAGAAUGAUGGGAUCCUUCGAGUCAUGAACCAAGCGACCAUCGACUGAGCCCUAGACUAUGGCAGAAGGAAGCAAAGCCUAGAUUCUCUAGAAGACUCACUUCAAACUUGCUCUGAUAGCAUGUAGGGAACAGUGGCUCAAACCUUAGGAGGAUAUGUAGAGGAAAAUCUCAACUUGUAUUUCAUAUCAUAAAUGACUGUUAUAUACAAGUAACAGUGCCACAAGGCAAGAUAACCCUUGACAACUAGGAAACUGACAAACUACGAAAUGAUCUAACUAAGAACCAGACUCCUAAUCAGGCCUUCCAUUAGCUACUUCAGUUUUAACUGUGGUUCCUACUCUAGUAGCUCUGAGUAAAUCAAGUACAGGCAGUAAGAUAUGAAGGCUUCAUGUUCCUGCUCUUGCCUAUGCAGUAAGAUAUGUAAGUUCUAUUUCUCAAUCUUUCUUGCUCUUGCCUAUGCAAUCAAGUUUGAAAAAAGAUGAAAUUGUUUUCUGAAAACCAGAAUUGAUUCAUUGUUUUAUUUUUUUCUUAUUAGAUGGAGUAUUUGCAUUUGAAUGAAAAAUAUAUCCCUACUCUAUGACGUCAAUCCCAUGAGCUUCUUAUUCAAUUCAGUUCAAUCACUGUGGGAGCAAGUAAAAAUAGACUUUCAUACUGGUUGUAUCUUAAGAAUCACCGUUCUCUACGUCAGUCCAAAAUCCCAGUUUUCUGGAGUGACCACUGAUUAGCUCUUAUUGUUCCUUUGAACUGUGUUCCACUUGUGAUAUCAUUGACGUGCAUGUUUUUGUGCCGUAGGAAAGCCUUAGCGAAUGCCCUAGCAACUGCCCCCUCCAUGUGGACCCUUGGGAAUGCUGGCAUGGGUGCAUUAAAGGUCAGAUUAGUAAAAAUAUCUUUUUGAUCUCUUCAGAAGAAAUAUGCCAUAACCCUUGCUAUUUUUCUUUCUCCAGAGGUUGGCAGAAGACCGCAAUCCAGCUGUUGCAGCUGCUGCUUCUAAAGCUAUUGAUGAAUUGAGAAGACAGUGGGCUCUUGAAGAAGGCGAUAGUCUGCAGUUUAUGUUGAAUAAGGUUUUGCAGAAAGGGAAAGAGGAGAUUGAUGUCGACCCAGAAGAUGAUGAGCAAUAG